ACUGCCAUGGGGCAUCAGCAAACAAACAGACAUGCAAGACCUUGUGGAUAACUGGUGGAAUUACUCUCAUAAUAUCUUGACCCUCGUGGCUGGCUACCAUCAAAGUUUGUCGGGGUUCCAGUUAAUUGAGGAAGCUGAUGUUCUAACUUGCACUGUGCUGGAUUUGGUGGUACAAGGACCUAAGAAGGACUGUAAGUGAGAGUUUGGUGGGUUAAUAGGACUAUAAGCAACUUGUUUAAGUUCAGUUUUGAGUUUUUGAUAGAAUGUUGAACAUGGAACUCCUCAGAUUUUGAAUUGAAGGAAUGUUGAUCGAUGGU